GGCGGGUCGGCAUUCCGCCGGCCCUAGAUACUCAUCUAGCCUGGGCUUCUUUCACUGUUACCCGCAACUCGAAGAUUCGGCUUCACGAUCACGCGCCGUCGCUUGUCUUCGCCGAUGUUGGUAGUGUGAUACCCAAAGUCUUCUUCUAUUCCUACUUCUAUCAGUCACCAUGGGCCGCUUCGACCAGACUGAGCGCAAACCGACGCGCGAACGCCGUUCGCGAUCUCCAUCCUCAAGGACCUCCGAACCCAUUCGCGAACGCAGCCCAAUCCAGCGAGAAGAGACUGAUACACCCUCAAAAGAGCAACUGAAAGCUGAUGCUGCAGCGAGAGCCAAGGCCGCUGCUGAGAGGAUCAACGCGUCUCUUGCGGCAAAGAAAGCUAUUCAAACAGUCGAUGUCCCUCCAAUCCGCUCAGCAAGCACCGAAGCUGCCAAAAAGUCAUCUGGCGUUGCUGGCGUUAGCGACGAAAUCUACACGCAAGAUGGGGAUUUCAUCCGCGACAUCGAGGUCAAUGAUUUACGAAAUCGCUACACCUUGACCAAAGGCUCAACACAGAAAAUGAUCAAAGAAGAAACUGGCGCCGAUGUCACUACCCGCGGCGAAUACUACCCGGAUAAGACUUUAGCCACUGCUGCUUCUCCACCUUUGUAUCUCCAUAUCACAAGCACGAGCAAGGAGGGUCUUGAGCAGGCUGUCGCUAAGAUUAAUGAAUUGAUGCAGCAGGAACUACCUAACCUGGUUGAUGAGCGUAGAUUUCGCCGUCGUGAGCCUGAGCAAUUUGAGCGAGAUGAACUGGGUCGACGCAAAUGGCCGGAGGAGCGCAUUCCCAUCGAUCUAGAGCCGAUCCCAGGCUUCAAUCUCCGAGCCCAGGUUGUCGGUCAUGGGGGAGCAUAUGUGAAACAUAUCCAGCAAGAGACUCGAUGCCGUGUUCAAAUCAAGGGUCAGAAUUCUGGCUUCAUGGAGCCAAACACCGGAAGAGAAAGUGACGAGCCCAUGUAUCUUCAUGUUGCUGGCCCGGAUCCGAACGAGGUCAAGCGCGCAAGAGGUCUCUGUGAAGAUCUCCUAGCAAGUGUCAAAUCGCAAUACGAAUCUUUCAAGGAGCGUGGCGGCGCUCGCGGACGUUACGGUGACCGGGAAUCGAAUGGAGGCGGCCGGGGUGGAUACGGGGGUGGUGGACGUGAGUAUGGUGGUGGCCGUGACUCUGGCGAUCACUAUGGAUACGGCUCGCAACAGUCUCCGACUGGCCAAGGUGACCCCAACAGCCAAACCGCCACCCCCUCGUCGGCAAAUGCAGACUAUGCAGCCCAAUACGCCCAGUACUACCAACAGUAUCAGCAGUACGCCCAAAAUGGUCAGGAUCCGUACGCUGCUUACGGGGGCUAUGCGAAUUACAUGGCUAUGUAUCAGCAGUACUAUGCCCAGCAAGCAGGUCAAGACCAGAGUGGUGGUACCCCAACCCAGGCAACUUCACAAGCGCCUCCACCUCCUCCUUCGAACGAUGCGCCGCCUCCACCUCCUCCGUCCGGAUCUGAUGCUCCCCCGCCACCGCCUCCUGGUGUACCGUCUGGUUACAACAACGUUCCACCACCCCCUGGGCUAUAAAUGCGUACGGAAAAGCUCCACAUGCUGACAUUGUGCUGUUGUCUCUGAUACCUCUCACAGGUGCUAGAGUCUUGCUGAAUCUGGGAAGAAAGGUCAGAUAUCUCUCCAAUCAGUAUAUGUGGGAUCCAUACGGCAGCAUUUCAUAUUGCAUUGGCGUCGAGAUUGUGUUUAGAAUAUGGGCUAUGAACCUGAAGCCCGGUUGUUGCUAGCUCAGAGCGUAAUCAAAUAAUCCUGUGUCAGGUAGACUCUAACAAUGAAGAAACAUCUGAUACUCCA